AUGCACAGUGAAGUUAUGGGAAUUGGACUAGCUUUUGAUGGAAAAGUGAUGUAUGAGGAAAUAAUUAAAGCAACCAAUAACUUUAAUGCUACACAUUGUAUUGGAGAAGGAAGGCAUGGAAAUGUGUAUAUAGCAAAGCUUCCUUCAAAUAAUAUAGUAGCUGUGAAGAAACUUCACACACCCAAUCCCAGUGAAAUAGAAGAUCAAAAAAGCUUUCAAAAUGAGAUACAAGCUUUAAUAGAAAUACGACACCGGAAUAUUGUGAAGCUUUAUAGUUUUUGUUCACAAGCACGGCAUAUGUUAUUGGUUUAUGAGUAUGUUGAGAGGGGAAGCCUAGCCAAAAUCCUGAGCAUGAAGGAAGAAGCAAAAGAAUUGGAUUGGACAAAGAGGGUGAAUAUCAUUAAAGGAGUGGCAUUUGCUCUGUCAUACAUGCACCAUGACUGCUCCUCGCCUAUUGUUCAUCGAGACAUAUCAAGCAAGAAUGUUUUGCUGGAUUCUGAAAAUGAGCCUCAUGUUUCUGACUUUGGCACUGCUAAAUUUCUAAAGCCAGACUCAUCCAAUUGGACUGCAGUGGCAGGCACAUAUGGAUACAUGGCACCAGAGCUUGCAUACACAAUGAUGGUGACUGAAAAAUGUGAUGUUUAUAGCUUUGGAGUUUUAGUGCUGGAAGUGAUCAAAGGAGAGCACCCAGGCGACUUGGUUUCCUCAAUAUCAUUGUCUUCAUCACUUAGCGAGAACAUGCUAUUAAAGGAAGUGUUGGACCAACGCCUUUCAACCCCCCAUGCUUCAAGUUAAGGAGGAUUUAGUAUCAAUCAUAAAGUUAGCAAUUCAAUGCUUAAACAAAAAUCCACAAUUUAGGCCAACCAUGCACAAUGCUUCUCAAAUCUUAUCAACUCUAUUGUCAUCCUUUUAGGGUAAAUUUACACAAUCAUGGUUGGACAAUCUGUGAACUACAGCUUCCCAAAUGCUCACACACGUGCGCACGCAUUUAUGUGUUGGUAAAUGCACUUUCCAUAUGUAUCAUGUAUCUAUGUCUAUGCGGUUUUAAAAUUUCAAAGUUGUGAAGCCAAAAUCAAACUCUCUUCAAGAAUGCUACCCCUUCUUCACAUC